AUGGCUCAGUUACGGCACUGGUGUAAAGGAGAAGGCCUUAACCCUUUGCAUGCCAUACUACUUAAAGAUGUUUCCGAGGACACAGAGAUUGAAGUCAUAGAAAGAACUCUGCAAUCCAUUAAAGUUCUUAGACGUGUGAAGGUUAGAGGACGUAUGUAUGAUCCCCAGAGCAAGUGUUUGACCGUACUGUGUGAAUGCAGAGAAAAGGUAAAUACUAAAGCCAUUCCUCUGGACAUUCUAGCUGAUGGCAGCAAUUCACCCUGGAGAAUCAUCGGCCACUUAGAGGAGGAGGAUGGUUUAGUUGACCAGCUGGUUGCAGAUGACUGGCAGGCACCUCAAACUGAUUUGGGACCUGCCGCCACACUUCAGGCCUCCACUCCUGAAGCAAUCAUCAGAGCUGUUGGAGACCUUCUGGAAAAUACCUCUAAGCCUGCCAAUGACAAUAGCAGCUACAGGAGGUUGCGCACCUCCUCAGGGGUUGUCCCCACACCCCCAGGAGAGGAGCAGUUGGAGAACUGGAUACUACAGGCUCGACUGAUGAUAGAGGAAUACGAUCGGCCUGACAGAGAGAAGAAAAUCACGAUAAUGGAAAGUGUAAAGGGUCCCGCGUUGGAGCUUUUACAGGCUGUACGAUUUAAUAACCCUGAAGCAACACCUCAAGAAUACAUUGAUGUGAUUGAGAAUACUUUUGACAGACCAGAAACAGGAGAGUAA